UCCAUAGAGAGUCGAAGAAAAGAAUGAAGACCAGAAGACUGAAAAUUCUGAAACCUAAAAAUUCGAUUUAGGGUUUUACAUUUACCUUGAUCUUCUUCUGCUUGUUCAAUCGAUAGCUUCAAUUUUUUUCUAAUCGAAGAUCUUUAGGGGGUUUAUUAUUAUUGAUUCAUAAGGUUAUUAGUAUAGGAAAUGGUGAUUAGAGCGGCGAAUCAAGAAAAUCGGGGGAUUACAAAAGGAGGAAGCUGUUCAUCUGUAUCUGGUGGUUGCGCCGCCGCUGCUGGAGGUGGGAAAUCAAUGUCAAGUGUGGGUUCUUCUCCAUCUAAUAGAAUCGAAUUUUCUACACCAGCAAGCAAAACCAUGAAUAGGUUUAAUCAAGCUGCUGAUGAUACCGGUUCUCCAGGCGCUGCAUCGGGGAAGAAAAAAAGAGCUCAAACAACACAGGCAACAGGAGGAGGAGGAAGAGGUGAUAAUAAGGCUGGUGGUGGUAGAGGAUUGCGUCAAUUUAGCAUCAAAGUGUGCGAAAAAGUGGAAGCCAAAGGUAGAACUACUUAUAAUGAGGUUGCGGAUGAGCUUGUAGCUGAGUUUUCAACCACAACACCUGACAAUCCACACAAUUUUGAAGAGAAAAAUAUAAGACGGAGAGUGUAUGAUGCCCUGAAUGUUCUUAUGGCAAUGGAUAUCAUUUCUAAAGAUGAAAACAAAGAGAUAAUAUGGAGGGGCCUGCCUGGUGCUGGCUCCGGUGAAGAGCUCAAGGCUCAACGCCUUGGCCUAAGAAAUAGAAUUGCCAACAAGGCUGCACAUUUGCAAGAACUUGAGGAGCAAUUUGCAGGUCUUCAGAAUCUGAUACAGAGGAAUAAGCAAUUGUGUUGUUCAGGGAAUGCUGCUGCAACUCCAGGGGGUGUGCAAUUACCUUUCAUUCUAGUCCAGACUCGUCCACAUGCAACUGUUGAGGUGGAGAUAUCAGAGGAUAUGCAGUUGGUUCAUUUUGAUUUCAAUACAACUCCUUUUGAGCUACAUGAUGAUAGUUUUGUUCUUAAGUCGAUGGGAUUCUGUGUCAGUUCUCCGAAAAAGAAGGAUAUUUGUACUCAAGAAUCUGUUUCCAAUGGAGGUGAAGGUUCCCAGAUUGGCACUUCUAAAACCCAACAGGAAGCUUCGCUCUGAAGGGGUGUGAAUUGUGGUUCUCAGUUCUUAACUAAGCCUGGUUGGGAAAGGAAGGGUGCUGGAUACAGUUGCAGGCAAAGGGAAGCGCAUAUAGAGGAAGCUAUUGUAAAAGAGGGUCAAUCACUUGACCUUGACUCCAGUAAUCCCUGUGUCUGUAUUUCUUUUAUAACUUAGCCAAAGAGAAAUAAGAACAAUUGAAAACGAAAAUAAGAAGCACCAACAUAACUAAAACGUAACUAAGUGCUGCUGGCUAGUUGCUAGCUUGAGGACCAGAGCUUCAUGUGCGCCUAUCUUUGAAAAUUUGGGAAUAGUAUAAGUAUCCUACUGGACAA